CAGUGACAUCUCCAUGCAAGAUCCUCAAGUGCAACUCUGAGUUCUGGGCGGCCACAUCAGGCUCCCACCAUCUGGGCACAGAAGAAGCGCCUGAAUUUUGCACAGCCCUGCGCGCCUACGCGCACUGCACCCGCCGCACCGCCCGCACCUGCAGGGGAGACCUGGCCUACCACUCCGCCGUGCAUGGCAUAGAUGAUCUCAUGGACCAACACAACUGCUCCAAGGAUGGCCCCACAUCCCAGCCCCGCCUUCGGACAUUCCCCCCCGGGGAUAGCCAGGAGCGUUCCGACAGCCCCGAAAUCUGCCACUACGAGAAGAGCUUUCACAAACACUCAGCUGCCCCCAACUAUACCCACUGCGGGCUCUUCGGGGACCCCCACCUCAGGACUUUCACAGACACUUUCCAAACCUGCAAAGUGCAAGGGGCUUGGCCGCUCAUAGACAAUAAUUACCUGAACGUCCAGGUCACCAACACGCCGGUGCUGCCUGGCUCCGCGGCCACCGCCACCAGCAAGCUCACCAUCAUCUUCAAGAGCUUCCAGGAGUGUGUGGACCAGAAAGUGUACCAGGCAGAGAUGGACGAGCUCCCCGCUGCUUUUGCUGAUGGCUCCAAGAACGGUGGGGACAAGCAUGGAGCCAACAGCCUGAAGAUCACCGAGAAGGUGUCGGGCCAACACAUCGAGAUCCAGGCAAAGUACAUUGGCACCACCAUCGUGGUGAGGCAGGUGGGCCGGUACCUCACCUUUGCUGUGCGCAUGCCAGAGGAGGUGGUCAAUGCUGUGGAGGACCGGGACAGUCAGGGCCUCUACCUGUGUCUCCGCGGUUGUCCGCUCAACCAACAGAUUGACUUCCAGACCAUCCGCUCGGCUCAGGCCACAGAGGGCCGUGCUCGUAGGAAGGGGCCCAGCCUUCCAGCCCCCCCUGAGGCCUUCACGUAUGAAACAGCCACAGCCAAGUGCAGGGAAAAGCUGCCCGUGGAGGACCUCUAUUUCCAGUCCUGCGUCUUCGACCUCCUCACCACGGGGGAUGUCAACUUCAUGCUGGCUGCUUACUACGCCUUUGAGGAUGUGAAGAUGCUUCACUCCAACAAAGACAAGCUGCACCUCUAUGAAAGGACACGGGACCUGGCCCCGGGCAACACGGCUCCUUCGGGGACACCCCCGGCUCUCUGGGUAGCGCUGCUGUGUUUGAGUCAGUGUUGGCUGGGCUUGUUGUAGAGGUUUGCGCCAUCACACCCUGGAGAGCGGGGAAAGAGGAGCAGGAGAGGACCAUGGAUGAGCUGGCAGCGCUGGACAGUGGGAGGUUGGAUAUCAGAGUGGCAGGGGAUGUCAUCAGAUCUCAUCCCC